AUUGACCAAACACCUAGCGGUGAAGGUCGCGAAUGAGGUAUAAUGAUCAGGUGCACUACAAUUAAAUUGGCCACAAACGGCAUGGCCAGACAUUCGCUCCCACCCCAUCUCGCCCACAAGUCUGCGUUGGCCUUCGUUCUCACGGAAGACGACUCGGCAUAUGCGUGUGUCCAGGCCAUCCGCCAAGCCCACGACAGGAGUUUCGAUCGGUGGCCGCCGCACAUCAACCUCGUGUAUCCGUUCCUGGCCACCCCCAGUGCCAACAUCGACGACAUCCUCGCUCGCGUGGCCAUUGCCGUCCACGACGUCCCAGCUGUGUCAGCGACGUUUCCAGCCGUGCAGCACUUCACCCACUCCAAGAAAUCGGCCACGCUCUUCUUGGAACCCGACGCGGUGUCCACGCGACCGCAGUUGCAGUCCAUUCAAGCGGCAUUGCAAGCCGCCUUCCCCGAGUGCAAUCACGACACCCGUCCGUUCGUGCCGCACCUUUCGCUCGGUCAAACUGCCGGAGGAGCGUCCGGUAUCAAGGCGUUGACCCACCAAAUGGAAUCGUCGCUUCGAGAAGCAUGCUCUAGUCCGCCAGACAAAGGCCGCAACUUUUUUGAUGACAUGGCAGCUGCCGCCAUGACGUCCAACGCGCACGUCGAUCCCUUUGUUGACGAGCCUGCCGCGUGGACCCUGCCCUGGACCAUUGGUCGUGUGGUGGUGUUGGAGCGACGGGGAUUCGACGACCCAUUUGAAAUUGUCGGCCAAAUUGCCCUGAAAUAAGCCUGUUUACUAUCCGCAAUAAUCUUACAACACAUGAUCAGUUCGUUGUUCACAGAUUCUUUUCAGCGACGCUCCGCUCGACUUUGCCAUCACUGUGGUUGUCCCUGGUGUCGAUGCUGAUGAUAUAGGGUCACUAGAAUCCAAUUGCACGUUCUCGCUUAGACUACCUUUUUCUAAACCCAGUACAGUACUGAUCGAC